CACGCCCAGCCCGCUGUGGCCUCCACUACCUCCGCACCGACUGAUGCCGCUGUCAAGUCCAGCACUACGGCAGCUCCCGUUGCUGCUGCUAGCUCUACUCCGGCCGCCUCUUCUGGAGUCGCGUUCGAUGCGGCCAAGGUGAAGGUCAUCUUCGUUCUCGGCGGUCCGGGAGCUGGCAAGGGCACGCAAUGCGAGCGCCUUGUCCGAGACUACGGUUUCAAGCAUCUUUCAGCUGGUGAUCUCCUCCGAGCCGAGCAGAACCGUGAAGGCUCGACCUACGGCGAGAUGAUCAAAGAUCACAUCCGGCAGGGCCAGAUCGUCCCUAUGGAGGUGACUGUCAAGCUCCUCGAAAACGCCAUGCACGACACCCUGAAGUCUCCGCCUACUUUCACAUCUGGCUCAUCCAAGAACCUGGAGCAGGAGUGGACCGGCGGGAAGGGUCGUUUCUUGAUUGACGGGUUCCCGAGGAAGAUGGACCAGGCCCUCAAGUUUGAUGAGUCUGUGUGCAAGUCCUCUUUCGUGCUGUUCAUUACGACGACCGAGGAGGUCAUGCUCGACCGACUGCUCGAGCGGGGCAAGACUAGCGGGCGGGACGACGAUAACCGAGAGAGCAUCACCAAGCGCUUCAAGACCUUCAUCGAGACGUCUAUGCCGGUCGUGGACUACUACCGGAAGCGCGACCUCGUGGAGGAGGUCGACUCCUCUCCGUCGCCCGAUGAGGUGUAUGCGAACGUCCAAAAGAUCAUGGACAAG